AUGACAUGCACAAAAGAACCCCAACACCAUGAUAAUCAAACUGCCGCAUUAACUUCUUAUCUCGUUCAUCCCGGACAACAUGAGCAGAUGCAAAUCGGCAAGAAAGAAGGGAAAUUUUAUUUGAUUGAGGAUGGCUUAAUAUCACCCUCAAAGCUUUGUGAACAUGCAAAAAAAAGGCAAGGAACGAGACGUGUUGACAGCACCAAUGAUUAUGUUGCAGCAUCUGAUUCUGAAGAACUUGCCUUUCAGACUUCAAUUAGUUCAGCAGGUAUUUCUUUUGCACUGAAGGAAAACCGACAUGGCAUUCUCUCCGCAGAAAACAAGUCCCCAUGGUAUGCCUAG